GCGCGCAUGCGUCUGUGAGCUGAAUUCACUCACGCUUCUCUCUCUCUCUCUCGCCGAGGGUCUCUUCUUGUCAUUCCCUCCUUUCCAGGGACGAUUUGCACAGUACAGUGCUCUACAUUAUCGCAGUUCUAUGGGAACCUGCUAAACAACAUGCAUUUUUUCCUUGAAUUUCUGCUGUUUUGUUCAUUUCUUCCCUAUCAGAUCCCAUAGCUUGUUAAUGGUGGUAAGCUUCAAGAAUGAAAAUUCUUAGGUGGUGGUCAAUUGCUUUCCUUAUAGCUUUUUUAAGGAUUUGUGGGGUUGAGUCAGUUGUGGCACCAACUUCCGGUUGUUAUGUCAUCGACAGCGGCAGCUUCCUUCUUGAUUUUACAGACUGGAUUGGGCACGUGUUUGAGUAUUUAGGGAAGGACACUGAUCUAGCUGUACGUUUCUGCAAAGAUGUAGAGCAAAGGUCACAGACGGGUUAUGUAGAUUUUGGUCAGUUUGACACUUCCAGUUAUUUUGCCUCUAGCUCCGGCACUGUAGAGAAAUUUGUUCAAGAAUACCAUGGUGGUGAUUUGCUGCAUUGUGAAGAUAGCUUUGAUAAAAUGGGUCGUGCUGCUCAGGUCAACAUAAAAUGUGGAACUUGCUCAAAUACAGAGACAUGUACAGAUAAGUAUGGUUGCAUAUGUAAUGUGUCUUAUGACAGUACAAUGUGCAGGGUUUUUGUUGAUCUUGCCAUCUCAUGUACUCAGAAUGGUUCUCGAGUAUUUGAAGGUUUCACUGUGGGGUUUCAUCCUAGAUCGUAUGAAGUUAUAUACAAUGGUAUGACUCAGCUUGGAUUUGACAGAGCUCACCGAGAAUUCAGCUUUGCAACAGAACAUGCUCAUGUUCCACUUUAUCUUACUGCUGUCUCUUCUCUUUCUGGGUUGGUGGGAAAACCACAUUUUAAGGUAUACCCAGAAAAUGGUCUAGAGGUUGAGUUGGCUGGAUCAGGUGCAGUUGGGCACCCACCUACAACCUUAUCACCUACCAUAUUGGAUGUUAGCUGGAGAUGUGAAAAGGCACUGGAUGCUCCAUAUGAAGUCUUCAUUUCUAUUCCAAUCAAGGGCUAUGAACCUGUUGAGUUUUCUCUUACAAAGUCAUGCGAGUAUAAACAGGAGCUUGAGAGUGAUAGCACAAGAGGAUGGGCUACAUUUGGCAUCAUAUCUUGUGUGUUAGUUGUGGCAUCAAUGGCAUUCUGUUGUGGUGGUUUUAUUUAUAAGACUAGAGUAGAACAUCAGUAUGGACUGUAUGCCCUGCCCGGGAUGACCCUUCUAUCUGCUUGUUUAGAAGCCGUGAGCGGGCCAGAUACUGGUUACACUCGUUCAGACAAUCUUGGCAACACAUUCAUCAAUCAAACAGUAUGGGAUCGCAUCCCUGUUCCUGUGGAUGGAGCACAAAGGUCAGGAGACCGACGCUAUGGGUCCAUAUGAGGAUCUUCUCCAGUUUUUCUUUUUGGGGUUAGCUUGCAGUAUUGUGUUAUCCGUUUAUUUAUUUAGUAGCAUUUUAUCCUUAGUGUUAAACAGCUGGUCAUGUUAUGUUAAUUAGCAAGUGAAAAAUUUGCUAGUUCA